UCUUCUUCUUCUGUUUCAGCAACAAUGGACGAGACGACGACCCAGCUGCUCCAGUCGCUCGUUGCCGCCACCCGCGCAUCGAAUGCCAUCCCUGCUGCCGGCAAUGACUUUGAGUUUUACAUGAGCUACCCUGGCUUCCGGGAGCGCAUGAACGGCCUCCGCGGCCGCCUUCAAACCAUGAUUACAAGGCUGGUCAACCACGAUCGCGCUGGCUCGACGCGAUCCUUCUAUGACGACGACGCGCUGUUUGACGCCGUGGUCGAGCAGCUGGACACGACGCUGGAGCGCGUUGACAACACACUCGAUGCCACGAGUGGUCGCAGCUCGACGGCGGCGGCGGCGGCGGCAAGCGUGGCGGCACGCGCGGCUCAGUCUGGCGCCGACGGACGAACACAUGCGUCUGCAGCGGACAAGGCGCUCAUGACGUCGACGGGGAGCGCAUCGCCCAUGACACGGCGUGGACUCUCCGAUGAGAGUCCUAUUGGCAGCCCGAGCGGAUCGCCCAAGCCGAACGGCAAGCAGCCCGCGCCAGGCAAGGGGCGGAAAGGCGGCGAGUUUGUCGUGCUCCAUGCCAAGGGCAUUGCCAGGCCGCAGCUGACAUUUGCAGACCGCGUCGAUAACUCGAACGUGCCAUUUGUGCCGCUUGUGCCCCUGGCGCCCGCGACGCUCGCCCAACUCACCCCGCUGCAGCGAGAAUACAUGGCCUACGCGGAGCAGCAGCGGAAGGAAGCCCGCCCCCUCGGCGUCCUGCAAAACACCUUCAACCCAAAGGUCCCCUUUGCCCACGACCUUGGCUCCUUCCCGCAUCCGUACGAGCGCGAGCUGUUGGCGUUCGAGCCUGCAGAGACACAACUCACGGCGGUGGCUGAGCAGCUCUACCGUACCGACGAAGAGACCCCAUUCACCUGGAUUGACUCGGAGGAAGAGCUGAUUGACUUUGCGCGGCGAUUGUCGAGCGUGUCCGAGUUUGCCAUCGAUUUGGAACACCACUCGUACCGAUCGCUGCAAGGCUUUGUUUGCCUGAUGCAAGUGUCCACACGCACGGAAGACGUUGUCAUUGACACGCUCGCCGUUCGCAGCAGCAUGCACCACUUGCGCGAGGUGUUUGCCAACCCGAACAUUCUGAAGGUCUUCCAUGGUGCAGACAUGGAUGUGGUGUGGUUGCAGCACGACUUUGGCAUUUACACCAUCAACAUGUUCGACACUGGCCAAGCGGCACGCGUCCUCGAGCUCGGCUCGUACUCGCUCGCCCACCUGCUGCGCUACUUUUGCAACGUGACCGCCGACAAAAAGUACCAGCUGGCCGACUGGCGCAUCCGCCCCAUCCCGGCCGAAAUGCUGCAGUAUGCACGCGAAGACACGCAUUACCUCCUGUACAUUUACGAUCGCUUGCGAAACGAGCUCGUCAGCCGCAGCAACGAGUCUAGCAACCUGCUGCGUGUCGCCUACGCCAAGAGCCGGGACGUGUGCUUGAAGACGUACGAGAAGCCGCUGUUUGAUCCCGAAAACUCGCACAUGCAGCUCUUCCUGAAACACUCGCGGACGUUUGGCCCGCAGCAAAUGCAGGUCUUCAAGGCAUUGUUUGCAUGGCGCGAUCGCAUGGGCCGCGAGGAAGACGAGAGCACGGGCUACGUGCUGCCAAACCACAUGCUGUUCCACAUUGCCGAGGCGCUCCCGACCGAGUCGGCGGGUAUUCUGGCAUGCUGCAUCCCGGUGCCCCCGCUCGUCCGUCUGCAUGUGACAGACCUGGUUCAGCUCAUCAAGCGCGCGCGCGAAGAGGCUCUGGCGGCGACCAGCUCGGAUGCUGCUGCUGCUACAGGAAGCAAACAAGCGACGGCUGCUGGUGUUGCAGAGCCCGCGCCAACAGCCGCCGCGGCAGGGUCCCCCGCAACACGGAUACGUGCACUGUUGGAUAAAGCGCAUGCCUCAAACAGCAACUCGGGGGCAGAAGCGGCAUCUAUGCCUGUUGUGCCUGCUGCAAUCGCAACCGCUCUGGCAGCCUCGGCCAUUGCUUCUGCCGCGACCUCUAGCAAGAAGGCCACAUCGCUGCAGGCAACAUCCAAGCUGGCGCAAGCUCUGACCGGCUCGGUUGUGUCCCAGCUGCCGCGUGCGGGAGGCGUGCACGCUUCGCCCGCUGGCGCAGUGGCGAUGGAAGUGGACUCUGCUGGUGAAGAGCGCGAGGAGCGUCGUCGUCAAAUCUGGUCUGAGAUGGGCAACUUGUUCUCGACCAAACGGUCUGCGUCAGAGAUGGAGGAGUCGGAAGCGCCUGCCGCAGCCGGAGCAGAAGUGGCGAUCGUCCCUGCCGAAGCUCGCGGAGAAGACGAGCCUCGCAAAAAGGCUCGUGUUGAAGCAGACGAUGAGGAGGACGAGGAUGUCAAGGAAUCUGCAGCGACCACUGCCGCCUCGAAGAACGAGGAAGACACAUCGUCCAGUAUGCAGACUCAGGAGCUCGCACCAGCAACAACCGACAAGACCAAGAGCAAAAAGAACAAGAAGCCCCAGUCGCAAAAAACACCCGCCGCCGCGCUGGCUGACGAUCCUGCGGCCAAGGCCGUGUCUGCCGGCACCUUCAAGGCGUUCGACUACAAGACCAAGUCGAUGUCGGAUGUCUUUGUUGAGGCCGCAAAUAGCAAGACAGCGACUACCGCGCUGAACGCUGUGAGCAACCGCGCUCCGGCAUCUGCGCGGCCUCCCGCACCGUCCGAGACCAUCAAGGUCGAAGAGCCCAAGUUUGGCAAGAGUCCUCGAGGCGGCGUGCGCUCCAAGAUGGGCGAGCGCUCCAUGACCUCGGCUGUCGGCCGAGGCGGUUUCCAGCGACCCUCGGGCGGCCCCUCUGCGCCCAGUGCCUGGCCCCGCAAGUGAGGAAGCUUAUAGUUAUCAAGCUGUUGUUGACGCGAUCGUGAUGCAGGGUGACUUUGCAGAAACGCCAAUACACAUUGUAUCAUGAAACGCCGUGAAGCA